UGCGUGAGGGCGCGCCUGGUGCAGCGGUGCUGCGGUGACGGGGACGGGGGGCGUGUGGACGCUGAGCGCGCUUUGCUAUGGCUGUGUGUGUGUGUGUGUGUGUGUGUGUGUGUGUGUGUGUGUGUCUGUCUGUCUGUCUGUCUGUCACGGGGACCUGUGGCCCGCCUCUUCGUCCGUCUUCUCUCCUCCCAGCCACGUGGCUGCAGCAUACCAAUGGCCCCAGUAGGGAGGCCAGAUGCUGAGCCUAGAAUGAAAGCUCCCCCCCAGAAAGCCUGGGCCUGGACUUGGGAUGGGAGUUUUAGAGCUGCAAGUGCCUGUCUGGGGCCCCCACGGGGGCAGCUACAUGUUCAGAACUACCGCAUUCUCAGAGUUCUGUCCCCAGGAACCAGCUUCGAACUCGGGGAUCGAGUCCUCCUUUUACUCCCAUCCCAUUUUGUGCGAAUCGCACCAUUAUCCAAAAGGACCCCGAGAAGGGUGAGAGUAUUAUUGCUGCACCUCUAAAGUCAAGGGAGGGGAAGCAUGAGGAAGAUGGACCAAUUUUAUCAUCCUAAAAACAUGGCCUAUGGAUCUCUGUCAUUUGGGGAAGUGGCCAUCAGCUUCUCCCAGGAGGAGUGGGAGUGCCUGGACCCUGCUCAGAGGGCCUUGUACAGGGAUGUGAUGUUGGAGACCUACAGCAACCUGGUCUCUCUGGCAGGAAGUUCCAUUUCUAAGCCAGAUGUGAUUACCUUACUGGAGCAAGAGAAAGAGCCCUGGGUGGUUGUAAGGAGAGAAACAAGCAGAUGGUAUCCAGAUUUGGAGUCAAAUUAUGGAGCUGAGAAGUUAUCUCCAGAAAAUGAUAUUCAUGAAAUAAAUUUGCCUAAACAGAGUAUAAAGCAAAUAAGUAAAACUCUUGACCUUAAAACCUCCAAUUUUAGAAAUGACUCAAAAUGCAGAAAUAGAUUUAGGGGACAACAGGGACAUCAAGAGGGGUAUAUCACUCAAAAGAUAAUAAGCUAUGAAAAGAUGCAUACUUCUACUCAUCAUACUUCUCUUAUUCACACUACAGAUAAGCCAUAUGAAUGUAAGGAGUGUGGGAAGUACUUUAGUCGUGGUUCAAAUCUUAUUCAGCAUCAGAGUAUUCAUACUGGAGAGAAACCCUAUGAAUGUAAGGAAUGUGGGAAGGCCUUUAGACUUCUUGUCCAACUUACUCGACAUCAGAAAUUUCAUAGUGGUGAGAAACCCUUUAAAUGUAAGGAAUGUGGGAAAGCUUUUAGUCUUCCUACCCAGCUUAAUCGCCAUGAGAAUAUUCAUACAGGUGAGAGACCAUUUGAGUGUAAGGAAUGUGGGAAGUCCUUUAAUCGUAGCUCAAACCUUGUUCAACAUCAGAGUAUUCAUACAGGCAUAAAACCAUAUGGAUGUAAAGAGUGUGGGAAAGGCUUUAAUCGUGGUUCGAAUCUUGUUCAGCAUCAGAAAAUUCAUUCUAGUGAGAAGCCCUUUGAAUGUAAGGAAUGUGGGAAGGCCUUUAAAUAUCAUUACCAACUUAUUGAACAUUGUCGAAUUCAUACUGGUGAGAAACCCUUUGAAUGUAAAGAAUGUGGGAAGGCCUUUAGUCUUCUGAUAGAGCUUGCACGACAUCAGAACAUUCAUACUGGCAAGAAGCCAUUUAAAUGUAAGGAAUGUGGCAAGGCCUUCAGUCGUGGCUCGAAUCUUGUUCAACAUCAGAGUAUUCAUACGGGUGAGAAACCAUAUGGGUGUAAGGAAUGUGGAAAGGCUUUUAGACUUCACCUACAACUUUCUCGGCAUCAGAAGACUCAUACUGGUGAGAAACCCUUUGAAUGUAAGGAAUGUGGGACAGCCUUCCAAUAUCAGUACCAACUUAUUGAGCAUCAGCGAAUUCAUACAGGUGUGAAACCUUAUGAAUGUAAGGAAUGUGGGAAAAUGUUUCGUCGUGGUUCAAACCUUAUUCAACAUCGGAGUGUUCAUACUGGAAAGAAACCAUUUGAAUGUAAAGAAUGUGGGAAGGCCUUUAGACUCCAUAUACAACUGAUUCGACAUCAGAAAUUUCAUACUGGUGAGAAGCCCUUUAAAUGUAAGAAAUGUGGGAAAGCCUUCAGUCUUCUCACCCAGCUGAAUCGCCAUGAGAAUAUUCAUACAGGUGAGAAGCCAUUUGAAUGUAAAGAAUGUGGGAAGUCCUUUAAUCGUGUCUCAAACCUUGUUCAACAUCAGAGUAUUCAUGCUGGCGUGAAACCAUAUGAAUGUAAAGAGUGUGGUAAAGGCUUUAAUCGUGGUUCAAAUCUUGUUCAGCAUCAGAAAAUUCAUUCUAGUGAGAAACCCUUUGAAUGUAAGGAAUGUGGGAAGGCCUUUAGGUAUCAUUACCGACUUAUUGAACAUCAUAGAAUGCAUACUGGGGAGAAACCCUUUGAAUGUAAGGAAUGUGGAAAGGCCUUUACUCUUCUGACACAGCUUACUCGACAUCAGAACAUUCAUACUGGUGAGAAACCAUUUAAAUGUAAGGAAUGUGGCAAGGCCUUCAAUCGUGGCUCGAAUCUCGUUCAACAUCAGAGUAUUCACACUGGUGAGAAACCCUAUGGAUGUAAAGAAUGUGGAAAGGCUUUUAGACUUCACCUACAACUUUCUCGACAUCAGAAAACUCAUACUGGUGAGAAACCCUUUGAAUGUAAGGAAUGUGGGACAGCCUUCAGACAUCAGUACCAACUUAUUGAACAUCAGCGAAUUCAUACAGGCGUGAAAUCCUAUGAAUGUAAGGAAUGUGGAAAGAGCUUUAGUCGUGGUAUAGACCUUAGAGUACAUCAGAGAAUUCACACUGGUGAGAAACCCUUUGAAUGUAAAGAAUGUGGAAAGGCCUUUCGACAUCACUACCAAUUUCUUGGACAUUACCGAAUUCAUACUGGUGAGAACCCCUAUGAAUGUAAGGAAUGUGGGAAAUGUUUUACUUGUGGUAGCGAACUUAGAGUACAUCAGAGGAUUCAUACUGGUGAGAAACCAUAUCAAUGUAAGGAGUGUGGGAAGGCCUUUAGUCGUAGCUCAAACCUUAUUCAACAUGUUAAAAUUCAUACUGGUGAGAAGCCCUAUGAAUGUAAGGAAUGUAAAAAGGCCUUUAGCAAUAAUUAUGAACUUACUGUACAUCAGAGAAUUCAUACUGGUGAGAAACCUUAUGAAUGUAAGGCAUGUGGGAAAACUUUUAGACUUAGUUCAGUCUUUACCGCUCAUCAGAGAAUUCAUACAGGUAUGAAACCCUAUGAAUGUAAAGAAUGUGGAAAGACCUUUAGUUGUAACUCAAACCUUAUUCAGCAUGAGAGGAUUCAUACUGGUGAGAAACCUUAUGGAUGUAAGGAAUGUGGGAAGGCCUUUAGACUUAGGUCAGUUUUUAUUGCCCAUCAAAGAAUUCAUACAGGUCUGAAGCCCUAUGAAUGUAAAGAAUGUGGGAAAGCCUUCACUGUGAAUGGUCAGCUUACUCGACAUCAGAAAAUUCAUAAUCGUCAGAAGUCCUAUGAAUAUGAGGAAUGUGGGAAAACCACUGGAUAUGAACAACUUAACAUCAGAGAGUUCAUAGUGGCAAGAAAUUCUAUGAAUAUAAAAUGUGGGAAGACCUUUCAUCGUGGACUGAGAUUUGCUCAACAGUACAGUAUUCCUACUGGUGAGGAAUUUUGAUUAUGAGUGACAUGGAAAGAUUUACAGUCAUAGCAAACACCUUAGUGUUGAGAGGACAUUCUGGUGAGAAAGUUUAUAAAGAAAUACAGAGUAGCCUUCAUGUUCACAAUUUACUAAUCAUAAAAGAUAUUUUCCUAGGUAUGUUAAUUUCAUACACUUAGAAAAGCCUUCAAACUCAAACUGGAGGAAAACUGUUGUUGGAACAAAUGUAAGCUAACGUCUACCUGAGGCAGAUGCUUUAUCACCAUUGCCAUUUCACUACCUGUGUGACAUUAGGUGCCUAUCCUCUUUGUGCAUCAUUUGUAAAUGGCAACAAAAGUGAGUACAUACUAAUGCAAUUAUGGGAAUAAAGGUGUUCUAGUACACACAAAAUCCUUGAAAGAGUAUUUGGCACAUGCUUGUGUUCAUAAAGAACAGCUUUUAUGUUUCAUUAGCAUUGUUGGUGACAGGGAAAUUGCAUUAUUGUGAAUAGUUUAGAAAAACCUCAUCCAUUCCUUAAUUAUUAAAUUUUAAAUAACUUGUUCUGUAUAAGAUUUCAUGGGAAGUAAAGAAUACAAGAGGAUUUCCAUUAAGAGUUUAUUCCUUAAGUUACAUCAAAAAGUUAAUUUUGGAAAGAAACCCUAGGGAUUUAGUGAGUGAGGAAAUGUUCAAGAAUCAGGGAGAGUUCAUUUGAAGUGAUUUGUCUAUAAAAAUAUCAACUGGCAGAAAAUGUGUAAUUUAUGUCUCUGUCCAGGAGCUAAGAUAAAUAUUAGUAAAAGAAUAGCAAAAUAAAACCUACCCAUUUAUAUAUUCUUCAACUUUAUCUUGAAAAUUGCUGCACAUAUGAAAAAGUUGAAAGAAUGAACACCCAUAUACCCCUUUGUAGAUUCAGAGUUGUUAACAAUUUGACAUUUUUCUGUAUAUUUUAUGUUGUACCAUUGAGAAUAUGUUUUAGACACCAGGAUACUUUCCCCUUUAUUACAUCAGUGUGUAUCUCCCGAACAUAAAGACAACCUCAUAUAUAGCCAUAGUACCAUCAUCACCCUUAAGGAAAUUUUCCAUAAUUCCACAGUAUCUUAUCUCAUCAGUUUCUUCAUUGGCCUCUAAGAUGCCAUUUACAGGGGUUCAUCUUCUAAGAAGGCAUUCCAGAUUCUGUACUGUAUUUGGUUGUUAGCGCUCUUUAUUCUUUUUUUAGUCUGCAACAGUGACUCACAUUUUCUUGGGUAUCAGAAUCAUCUGUGGAUCUUAGUAAAAAUACAAAGGUCCACGUCCACUGAACCUCUGUGUUUGUUCUAGCUUUCCAGGGGAUUUUGGUAUGCACUAUAGAGAGCCACGGAUCUAGAACAUUUCUUUUUCAAAAAUUCUUAAAUAAUGUUGACUUUCUAAGACGUCCAGGAAAAUUGUCUGCCAUUUGUUUAGAUUUUAUGUUUCUGUAUAGUGUCAUUUAGCCACCUUCUAUCCUUUGUAUUUUCUGUACAAAGGAGACUGGGGGGAUGGUGCCUGGGUGUCUUAGGUCAUGAUCUCAGGGUCCUGGGAUCAAGCCCUGCAUUGGGCUCCUUGCUCAGCGGGGAGCCUGCUUCUCCCUGUCCCUCUGUCUGCCACUCUCCCUGCGUGUGCUCUCUCUCUCUCUGUCAAAUAAAUGAAAUUUUUAAAAACAAAGGAAAUUGGGUCUAGGGGCUCCAUUAGGUUCAGAUUAAAUGUUUUAAGGGGAGAAUACUUUGUAGGUUAUGUUUGUAUGUCAUAUUGCAACAAGUCAGAAAGCGUGUAAUGACAGGUCAUUGCUUUGUUAGUAAAACUAAGUUUGAUCAUUUGGAUAAGAUGAUACCAUUGUAAAGAUCUCCAUUGUAAAGAUCUGUGGAGAGACUGUCACCUCUUUGAAAAUUUAUAAUCGUGUAUUUAAAUCCUGAAUCAAUAGAAAAUUAAAAAUGAAAUUGACUUUUCAGGAAUGAAUUGCAUUAAAAUGCAAACAUGAUUGAACUUGUGGAAUGUGGCUGGAGCUAAACUCUGUACAGAAUUAAUAUCCUUAAGAGAGAUAGGAUAUAAGAUAUAAGAAACCAAGAUUGCCUUGACCAGAACCUUCUUUUGUUGUUCAGCACUUUGUCCCCCGUACCUUUAUUGUGUCUGGCACAUAAGAAAUUGAUAAACCUUAGGGGGGAGAAAAUUGAACCUUCUGGUCAAGAAGCUAUAAGACAAAACAGAAUAAACCUUAAGCUAAUAUAAGGAUCAGGACAGUAAAAAUGAGGAUUAAUUUGUAUUUCCCUGAUGCCAAGUGAUGUUGAGCAUUUUUUCAUGUGGCUGUUGG